AUGGAUAAGUCGUGGAUUUGGCUUCCAAGGAAUAGCCACGAGUAUUCAGAAGGAGCAACUAAUUUUGUGAAUUCGUCCGCAAAAAGAUUGGGAAGUCUGUCUGAAAUGCUAUGCCCUUGUAGAGACUGCCGCAAUCUGAGCCAUCAGUCACUGGAUAAAAUUGUGGAGCAUUUGGUGAUUAGGGGUAUGGAUAAGAAGUAUAAGAGUUCUCGUUGGAGUAUUCAUGGAGAAAAAAGAGAUUCUGCAGAAGACAGUGUUCUUCAAUAUGAAACAGAGGCGUUUGAUUUGUUUAAGACAAUAUUCUCCAUGGACGAAGGUGGUCCAAACCCGACAACUGACAACGAAGACGAUGAAGCACCAGAGGAAAUUGAGUUUAAGAAAAAGCUCAGAGACGCUCAAACGCCAUUAUACUCGGAUUGUCUCAAGCACACAAAGGUUUCAGCUAUCAUGGGACUUUACAGAUUCAAGGUUAAAAGUGGUGUGUCGGAGAACUACUUUGAUCAGCUGUUGGUUUUACUUGAGGAUUUGCUACCUGAAGACAAUGUUCUUCCCAAGAGUUUAGCUGCAAUCAAAAAAAUUCUGAAGAUCUUUGGGUUCGGCUACGACAGUAUUCAUGCUUGCAAGAAUGAUUGCAUAUUGUAUAGGAAGGAGUAUGAGAACCUAGAAAGCUGUCCAAGAUGCAAAGUUUCAAGAUGGGAAAUGGAUAAGCACAGUAAUGAGUUAAAGGUGGGGAUUCCGGCAAAGGUCCUUAGAUAUUUUCCAAUCAAGGACAGGUUUAGGAGGAUGUUUAGAUCACAAAGGAUGGCUGAAGAUCUGCGUUGGCACUAUACCAAUGCCACUGAAGAUGGUACAAUGCGGCACCCUGUUGAUUCUAUCUCUUGGGCACAAGUGAAUGCUAAAUGGCCAGACUUUGCUGCUGAUCCACGGAAUCUUCGACUUGGGAUUUCUACAGAUGGGAUGAACCCUUUCUCCAUGCAAAGCACCAAUCACAGCACAUGGCCAGUGUUGUUAGUGAACUAUAACACGCCUCCAACCAUGUGUAUGAAGGCUGAGAAUAUAAUGCUGACUUUGUUGAUCCCUGGUCCUACUGCUCCUGGUAACAACAUUGAUGUUUACCUAGCACCACUGAUAGACGAUCUAAAGGAUUUGUGGGCUGAGGGUAUUGAAGUGUAUGACUCAUUUGCGAAGGAGAACUUUAAUCUCAGAGCCUUGCUGCUUUGGAGUAUCAGUGACUAUCCAGCCUUAGGAACACUGUCUGGAUGUAAAGUAAAGGGGAAACAAGCCUGCAAUGUAUGUGGAAAGGAUACACCUGCAAGGUGGCUUAAGUUUAGCCGCAAGUUUGUCUACAUGAGUAACAGAAGGAGACUACCGCCUGGCCAUCGUUACAGAUAUAAAAAAGCUUGGUUUGACAACACUACCUCUAGAGAAGAAAAAAAAAGGAAAAGACUAGAGUUGGAAGAUGAUGAGAGGUUACAAGAAGAAGAGUGUGAAGAAUCAAAUGAACUAUGGCGGUGGAAGAAGAGAUCAAUAUUCUUUGAUCUACCUUACUGGAAGGAGUUGCCUGUUCGUCACAAUAUUGAUGUUAUGCACGUAGAAAAGAAUGUGUCCGAUGCUAUAUUGUCUCUGUUGAUGCAAAGUGCGAAGUCAAAAGAUGGGUUGAAAGCAAGAAAAGACUUAGAAGAUAUUGGAAUCAGAAAGCACUUGCACACAGAGGUGAGGGGAAAGAAAACAUACUUACCUCCUGCUGCCUACUGGUUAUCGAAGAGAGAGAAGACCAUUUUCUGCCAAAGGUUAGCUAAGUUUAGAGGCCCUGAUGGUUAUUGUGGUAAUAUUGCGAAUAGUGUUUCAGUUAACCCUCCAAAUAUUGGUAGUUUAAAGUCGCAUGAUCAUCAUGUCUUAGUACAGAACUUGUUACCAGCUGCAUUAAGAGGGUUGUUACAUAGGGGUCCUAGGAUAGCCAUAAAUAGAUUAUGCAGUUACUUCAACAGGUUGUGUCAGCGCAUCAUUGACCCAGAGAAACUUAUAUCCAUGGAGACAGAGUUUGUGGAGACAAUGUGUCAGCUGGAGCGCUUCUUCCCUCCAGCCCUUUUUGAUAUCAUGUUUCACCUUCCACUACAUUUAUCAAGAGAGGCACGGUUGGGAGGACCAGUUCACUUCCGAUGGAUGUAUCCCUUCGAAAGGUACAUGAAAACACUAAAGGCUUUUGUUAAGAAUUAUGCAAGGCCAGAAGCAUGUAUGGCUGAGGCGUAUUUAGCUGGAGAAUGUGUUGCAUUUUGUUUAGAGUUCCUUAAAGAAUCAGUACCAGUUCAAGAAGCAGUUAAUCGUAAUGAAGAUGUUGAGGCUGAUAGAAUGGUGGUUGAAGGCCGACCUCUGCAGAAGGGUAUAGAGGUUACCCUGUCAGAUAAAGAUAGAGACAUUGCACAUCGAUAUGUGCUAAUGAACAUGGCAUCUUUGGAUCCCUUUCUUGAGUAA